CUCUUCCCGCACCCAACCCACUCGACACUUCUUGCUUCUCUUCUUUCUCCCUGAGGCGUUGCAGACCACCGGAAGCUUGGGUUCAUACGACACACUCGCCACCUCAUGGGAAUUCAAGCUCCAUCUCCCCCGGAAGCCUAUGUCAGAAACCAGGACAAGACGGAGAUGGAGAAGUCGAUCGAUGACUGGCUGCCCAUCACAUCGUCGAGGAACGCCAAGUGGUGGUACUCCGCCUUCCACAAUGUCACGGCCAUGGUGGGAGCUGGCGUCCUCAGCCUGCCCUAUGCCAUGUCGGAACUUGGAUGGGGACCUGGCAUCGCUGUGCUGAUUCUGUCGUGGGUCAUCACCCUGUAUACUCUGUGGCAGAUGGUGGAGAUGCACGAGAUGGUGCCGGGGAAGCGGUUCGAUCGGUACCACGAGCUGGGGCAGCACGUCUUCGGCGAAAAGCUCGGCCUCUGGAUCGUCAUCCCGCAGCAACUGGUCGUGGAGGUGGGCGCCAACAUCGUCUACAUGGUCACCGGAGGCAAAUCCCUAAAGAAGUUCCACGACGUUGUCUGCCGCGACUGCAAGUCCAUCAAGCUCACCUACUUCAUCAUGAUCUCCGCCUCCGCCCACUUCGUCCUAUCCCAGCUGCCCAACUUCAACUCCAUCUCCGGCGUCUCCUUGGCCGCUGCAGUCAUGUCUCUCAGCUACUCCACCAUUGCCUGGGGAGCAUCCGUCGACAAGGGGAAGCAGGAGAACGUGGAGUACGGAUACAAGUCCGCAAGCACGUCAGGCACCGUCUUCAACUUCUUGAGCGCACUGGGAAACGUCGCCUUCGCCUACGCUGGCCACAACGUGGUCUUGGAGAUCCAAGCCACCAUUCCUUCCACUCCAGAGAAGCCUUCCAAGAAAUCCAUGUGGAGGGGCGUCAUCAUCGCCUACAUCAUCGUAGCGCUCUGUUACUUCCCCGUCGCGCUCGUUGGCUACUGGGCAUUCGGCAACGCCGUCGACGACGACAUCCUCAUAACACUGGGGAAGCCUCGAUGGCUGAUCGCCAUGGCCAACAUGAUGGUCGUCGUCCAUCUCAUGGGCAGCUACCAGAUCUAUGCCAUGCCUGUCUUCGACAUGAUCGAAACGGUGCUCGUCAAGAAGCUUCAUUUCCCGCCCGGUCUCACUCUUCGCCUGAUUGCACGCAGUGUUUAUGUUGCCUUCACAAUGUUCAUCGGUAUAACCUUCCCAUUCUUCAGCGGACUGCUCGGGUUCUUUGGUGGAUUUGCAUCUGCGCCAACCACAUACUUCCUUCCUUGCAUCAUCUGGCUUGCCAUUUACAAGCCUAGAAGAUUCAGCUUCUCUUGGAUCACUAACUGGAUCUGCAUUAUACUCGGAGUCCUGUUGAUGAUUUUGUCUUCCAUUGGUGGACUUCGGCAGAUCAUCAUAGAUGCAAAGACCUACUAUUUCUACUCGUAGGCUGCCAGUUUAGACAUAAAUUCGGUGAUUCGUUCAAAAGGCAACAGUUUAGAGAUUGGUGAAGUGAUCACGACGCGCUGCAUAUAAGUGAUCACGACGCGCUGCGUAUAGUUAUUAUUGAUAUUAUAAUAUUUUCUUAUUUUAUUUUAUCUGUUUGAUAUAUUGUGAUGUUUGUUGGAUUUUUGAAACGAGAAUUAGAUCAUGAUAAUGAGUUCAA